CAUGGCUAUAGCAUUUCUAUUUCUGAUCAUCAUCUCCCUUCUCCAAUGCCCAUGCUACCUCCACGGAGCCAGCAACAUCAAUGCCGUCGUCCAGGCGUUGAUGGGCAUUUCUUUUCCCCCGGCGCCCGCGCCAGCGCCGCCACCCCCUCCAUGCCUCAACGACAGCACUAGCCAGAAUGUUCUGCUAGCCAUCCGAAAUCUUCGUCAAAACAUCACAUACGACCCGCAAAACUUCACCGGAAGCUGGGAAGGCUGCGAUUUCUGCUCCUUCAAGGGAUACUACUGCGACAUGGUUCCCAACAAACACACCAUCGGACUCGCCGGCGUCGACUUCAACGGCGCCCAUUUUGACGGCAACCUAACUUUCGACGACUUCAUCCAAAAUUUAACUGACCUUGCCAUCUUCCACAUCAACUCCAACAACUUCACCGGCCCAAUUUCUUCUAGUUCAAUCUCCAAUCUACGUUAUCUCUACGAGCUGGACCUCAGCAACAACAUCUUCUCUGGCGAAUUCCCGACAGCGCUUCUCGGCGCCGCCCGCUUGACAUUUUUGGACAUCCGUUUCAACUACUUCAGUGGGCCCAUCCCGGCGGACCUGUUCGACAUGGAACUCGACGUCAUCUUCCUCAACAACAACAACUUCUCCGGCAACAUUCCCGACAACCUCGGCAACACGACGGCGCUGUACCUCACGUUUGCCAACAACAACUUCACCGGCGGAAUACCAUGGAGCAUCGGCCAGGUUCCGAACCUUUUGGAAGUGCUGUUCCUGAACAACCAGCUGGACGGGUGCCUUCCGUACGAAGUGGGGCUCUUGCGCAAUCUGACGGUCUUCGAUGUCCGGUCGAACCGGUUAACCGGUCCGAUACCGAAAUCGUUCGGGUGCUUGGCGAAGAUGGGUAUACUGGUCCUGGCCGACAACGAGUUCUACGGGGAAGUGCCGGAGACGCUGUGCAUGCUGACGAACCUUACUCAAUUGGAUUUGUCGGGUAAUUUCUUCACGCAGAUGGGGCCGAUUUGUCAGAGCUUGGUCCGAGCGGGGGUGAUGAACGCGACGGGGAACUGCAUUUCGGGUCUUCCGGGACAGAGAGCCAAUUGCACCGCUUCAGCCUCCAAGACCAAAUACUCAUGCCCAAAUGAGAGCACGUUUAGCAUCGUCCCCUGUAAUGUUUCAUCGUCUUCCGAAGGUAUCAUAAACUCUGUUGCUGCCAUGAAAAUUGCAAAUGCAGGUACGAAACGAACCUAUGCUGCCCUCGAAAGGAACGAGGUCCAAUACUAAAGAAACCAUUUUCCAAUCUGUUAACUUCUGCGGUUUUUUUUUUUUCCCCUCUCGCUGGAAAGGCAUGUAGCCAAUGAGUGGAUUUGUUUUUUUAGUAAGCAUGGAACAAACUAAAAUGUAACUCCUUUAAUGACAAGAAAUCCAUCACAAAAAAGUUUAAU